UAAUUUAUUCAGAAGAUGUUUUGAAUGAUUUAGUUUGACACAAGAGGAGUACUAUAAAGAAAGUAUAAAUUGCAGUUGUGUGUUUCUAAAUGCUUAACAUCGAGUAUUAAGUGUUUAGUAUUUUGUGUUUUAAAAGCUUGAUCAUUCGGUAUGAUCGUGUGAUUGAUUAGCCGAUCUUUUGCGUUCAUUAAAACUUUGGCGAUAAAUAAAGAUUGGAGAAACAAGAAAAUAAUAAAAAAUGUAUGAAUAUAUUGUACUUAUUUUAAAAGAUUAUAAUCGAGUCGGAAUAGAACUACUAAGUGCGUAAUCAGCGGAAAGAAUUUAUAUAUUUUAAUAACAAAGCUCUACGGCGAAAUUCAGCCGGCAAACUUCUGAAAAAAAAAGAAAAACAAAUUAUUUACAUACAUCUGUCAAAGAAGUCCAUACAGGCUCUUAAUUGAUACACACACACAAUAGAUUUUCUCAAGUGUGCUAUCGCGAUGGCUGCUCCAGCAGCCUGUACGCGUUUUUCGGACAAUUACGACAUCAAAGAGGAGCUCGGAAAGGGUGCUUUUUCAAUAGUAAAAAGAUGUGUCCAAAAGUCAACAGGAUUCGAAUUUGCGGCCAAGAUUAUAAAUACCAAGAAGCUAACAGCAAGGGAUUUUCAAAAGCUGGAGCGCGAAGCCAGGAUUUGUCGGAAGUUACAUCACCCUAAUAUUGUUCGAUUGCAUGACAGCAUACAGGAGGAAAAUUACCAUUACCUUGUGUUUGAUCUUGUAACUGGUGGUGAACUUUUCGAAGAUAUUGUGGCACGUGAAUUUUAUUCAGAGGCUGAUGCAUCGCAUUGUAUACAGCAAAUAUUGGAAUCGGUCAAUCACUGCCAUCAGAACGGUGUUGUCCAUCGAGAUCUCAAGCCAGAGAAUUUACUAUUAGCAAGUAAGGCAAAGGGUGCAGCUGUGAAACUCGCGGACUUUGGUCUAGCCAUUGAAGUGCAGGGUGAUCAUCAAGCCUGGUUUGGAUUUGCCGGCACUCCAGGGUAUCUGUCGCCAGAGGUAUUGAAGAAAGAGCCUUAUGGCAAAUCGGUAGAUAUAUGGGCAUGUGGCGUCAUACUCUACAUAUUAUUGGUCGGCUAUCCCCCUUUUUGGGACGAGGAUCAGCAUCGAUUGUAUUCGCAGAUAAAGGCAGGCGCUUACGAUUAUCCAUCACCCGAAUGGGACACUGUGACGCCCGAGGCUAAGAAUUUGAUUAACCAAAUGCUGACUGUAAACCCAAAUAAGCGAAUAACAGCAGCUGAAGCUCUAAAACACCCAUGGAUUUGUCAAAGGGAACGUGUGGCUUCUGUGGUUCAUCGCCAGGAAACUGUGGAUUGUCUCAAAAAAUUCAAUGCUCGCCGCAAGCUAAAGGGCGCUAUACUAACAACAAUGCUUGCAACCAGGAACUUCUCUAGCAGAAGUAUGAUCACUAAAAAGGGCGACGGCUCUCAAGUGAAGGAAUCAACAGAUUCGUCGAGCACAACAUUGGAGGAUGAUGAUGUCAAAGAAGAUAAAAAAGGGAUCGUUGAUCGCAGUACCACAGUCAUAUCCAAAGACCCAGAAGAAAUAAGGAUUGUGUGUCCUGCAAAAACUUGCCAGCAAAUGUCAGGAAACUCCUCGCAAUGCUCUUCAGCAGCCAGACGACAGGAAAUUAUUAAGAUCACAGAACAAUUGAUCGAAGCGAUUAACAGCGGGGACUUCGAUGGAUAUACUAAGAUAUGUGAUCCGCAUUUAACUGCUUUCGAACCAGAAGCAUUGGGCAAUUUGGUUGAAGGAAUCGACUUUCAUAAAUUCUAUUUCGAGAAUGUGCUUGGUAAAAAUUGCAAAGCCAUUAAUACAACAAUUCUAAAUCCGCACGUACAUCUAUUGGGUGAGGAAGCCGCUUGCAUAGCCUAUGUAAGACUUACACAAUAUAUCGAUAAGCAAGGACAUGCACACACUCAUCAGUCGGAGGAGACUCGCGUCUGGCACAGGCGCGACAACAAGUGGCAGAAUGUUCACUUUCAUCGAAGCGCAUCUGGCAAAAUAAGCGGGGCAACGACUUUCGAUUUUAUACCACAAAAGUAGAUAGAGGCAGAAAGCGAGCGGAAGAAUUUCAAUGAUGGGUCGAUCAAUCAACUAUGAUCGAAGUGUGUGUUUUAAACUUACCACUCAAUAAACAGCAAAGAGAUCUGAACCAAAAAUACGAAUGGAUUAUGAAAAAGUCAACUUUGUUUUCUAUAUUAUUUUUGUAAGAUCCAAUUUGAUUCGAAAAAGAUUCAAAAAGAUAACACACAGAUUUAUGUAACGUCUUUUUUAAAAUUAUAUAUUGUACUAAGAAGAAAACUAAAAGAGAAACAAAGUGAAUGUUAUUAAUAAUAGUCGCAGCAUAAACAAAAGAUUUCCCUAGUAGAAAUCCAUUCGAUCGAAUAAGUCAAUAGUAGUACACCCAAAAAAGAGUAAAAACAAACGAAAUACAAUUUGUGCCCAAAUACCAAGCAGAAGAGGGGAGUUUUUCUGAAAUAGAAUGUAUAUGAUUCAGCAAUAUCUCUAUGGAUUCAUUCUAAAUACACACGCACAUACGCACACACACACAUCA